AUGUCGUUGAACGACACGUUCAACCUGGGUGGAAACAGCACCGCAGCCGAGCAGAAGAAUGGUCUCAGUGCCGGCCAGUUUGCGGCUUCUCUGGUCACUGCCAUUUCCAUCUUCGGCAUUGAAAUCGUCCUAUUCCUCCUAAUCAAAGACCGCUUUGCUCGGAUAUACCAACCCAGAACAUAUCUGGUACCAGAAAGAGAGCGGACUAAUCCAUCCCCUCCUGGCUGGUGGGAAUGGAUCAAGCCAGUCGUCGCCACGUCCAACUCUGAGUUCGUUCAAAAAUGUGGUCUGGACGCUUACUUCUUUCUGAGAUACCUCCGCACUCUGCUCAAGGUCUUCGUCCCGGCAGCCUUAGUUAUUUUACCAAUCCUGAUCCCAAUGAACACAAUUGAUGGACGAGGUGCCAAAUUUGCUACCGGCAAAUACGAGAACGAAACAAAUGUCACGGGGUUGGACCAGCUUGCUUGGGGUAAUGUCGCCCCUGAGCACACGAGACGUUACUGGGCACACUGGGUACUCGCUUUGGCUCUCAUCACGUGGGUUUGCUAUGUGGCCUUUGAUGAACUACGCAACUAUAUCCGUAUGCGCCAGGCUUACAUGACAUCCCCUCAACAUCGACUUCGAGCCUCCGCGACCACUGUCUUGGUCAGCUCCAUUCCUCGAAAGUGGUGCAAUGUUGAGGCCCUCGAUGGUCUCUACGACGUCUUUCCUGGUGGCUUGAGGAAUAUUUGGAUCAACAGAAAUUUCGACGAACUCAGUGAAAAGAUUAAGCAACGUGAUAAGCUGGCGGCUACCCUAGAAGCAGCAGAGACCGAGCUUAUUAAGAAAUGUUUCAAGAAGAACGAUGAGGACGUUGCCAAAGCUGAGAAAAAAGCCGGCAAGAAAUUGACCAAGGACGAAAGGAAGUUGAGGGCCACCAUGAAGAAUGAGGCUGGUACAAAUGCUGCUCACGGGCAUGGCAUUAGUGCUGGCAACCCUCAUCAAGUCAACCAUAAUCUUCAUGAUGCCAUCGAUGGUCACGAUGGGGAUUCCUCUUUCGCUUCUUCAUCCGAUGCUAAAGAAGAGGUCGAGGAACCACCUCGUAACAGACGUGCAAUCCCUAUCCCGGUGAUUGGCGAAGGCAUCUCGGCAGUCACCCAGGGACUGGAUAGAUUUGGUGAUCGAAUCAUGGGCGGAAUUCGAGGAGUGAAUAGAGAAGUCCACGACACCAUUGAUACCACCAAUGGUUUCGUGGCCGCUGAUGCUGACCAUGAAGAAAUGGGGAGAAGCUCCGGUGAACAGAGUGGCCCCCAAAAUGAAUGUUCCAGCUCAGCGCCCAAAACUCAGAACGACCCAUGUCAGAAACGGACGACGGGCGCAAAAGAUGAGUCUGCAAAGGGUCAACCUCAACCUUCCAACCGUGGACGGAGCUUCGAAAAGAGUAUCAGAGAUGAAGGCCCACUCAGCCCCAUCUCUCAAUCUAGUACGAUGAGAGAUGAUAAGGUUCGGCCCGAGAAGUCACUCACCCAGUUCGACAAAUUCAAGAAGGCAAUUGGUCUCGGCUCUGAAGACAAGGAACCUGUUGAAUACCCCGCCGCGUUUGAAGAGGAGUUCGAGCAUGAGCCAGACGAUGCGGUCUGGCGACGAUACUUGAGCGAUAAGGAUCGCGAGACAAUGAGACUUCCAAUUUUUGGAUGGCAAUGGAUGCCUUCCCUGCCUUUGAUAGGCCAGAAGGUUGACACCAUUCAAUAUUGUCGGAAGGAGGUUGCCAGAUUGAACGUGGAGAUUGAAGACGAUCAGGCACAUCCAGAACGAUUCCCGCUGAUGAAUUCGGCAUUCGUUCAAUUCAACCAUCAGGUUGCGGCUCAUAUGGCCUGUCAAGCGCUCAGUCACCACAUUCCAAAGCAGAUGGCGCCCCGUUUGGUCGAAAUUGAUCCAAACGACGUCAUUUGGGACAAUAUGUCUAUUCCUUGGUGGUCAGCGUACAUUCGAACAGGCGGAGUGAUCACCACCGUCACGGGCAUGAUCAUUCUCUGGGCCAUUCCUGUUGCCUUUACGUCUGCUCUGUCCCAACUGGAGACAGCCGCCAAAACAUGGACAUGGCUUCACUGGGUCCUGGAUAUUCCUCCCUGGUUCAGGAGUGUACUCCAGGGUGUUUUGCCAGCAGCCUUGCUGGGUCUCCUAAUGUUCCUCCUACCUCUGAUCCUCCGAUUUUUGGUCCGACUUCAGGGAACUCAGUCUGGAAUGCUCAUUGAGCUCUCAGUGCAAAAGUAUUACUUUUGCUUCUUGUUCGUCCAAUUAUUUCUAGUUGUCUCGAUUGCCUCUGCCCUCACCCAGUUCUUCGCUCUCUUCACGAGUGUGGAUGGGUGGACCAGCGUUCCCAGCCUGUUGGGCACCAACAUUCCCAAAGCCAGCAACUAUUUCUUCUCAUACAUGCUGCUUCAGGCAUUGUCAGUGAGCGCGGGUGCUCUGCUGCAAGUGGGAUCACUUAUUGGGUGGUUCAUUCUUGCUCCUCUCCUCGACAGCACAGCCCGAUCGAAGUUCAAGCGACAUACCCAACUGUCCGACGUUCAAUGGGGCACAUUCUUUCCUGUGUACACCAACUUGGCAUGCAUCGGCUUGAUCUAUUCCGUCAUCUCGCCGCUAAUUUUGCUCUUCAACAUCAUCACCUUCACGUUAUUCUGGUUCACCUACCGCUACAACACGCUCUAUGUGACCCGGUUCACCCGCGACACAGGUGGGUUGUUGUAUCCCAACGCCAUCAACUAUACCUUCGUGGGACUAUACGUGAUGGAGAUUGCAUUGAUUGGCAUGUUCUUCCUUGUCAGAGAUCAAAAUGGAGAUGUUGCCUGCACCGGUCAAGCCGUCGGCAUGAUUGUGAUCUUUAUCCUGACUGCAGGAUAUCAGCUUCUGCUCAAUAACGCUUUCAGCCCACUAUUCCGGUAUCUUCCCAUCACCCUAGAGGAUGAUGCGGUGCGACGAGACGAAGAGUUUGCCAGAGCUAUGCAGAAGAGACAUGGCUUCAUCGAGAACGAAGUGGAAGGAGAAGAUCUGGAGGAUCAGCUGGAGCGUAACGAGCAACAGUCUAUAGAAGAAGAUCGACAAGAACAAGCGUAUGAGCUUCAGCAGAUUGAACGGGACAAGCAGGCUCGGCUCGAAAGACAGAAAUCUCAGAAGUUGCCAGAGUCGGAACCAUACGAGUCCCAGAAUGCAGAGGUCAAGAUGAACGUGGACCAAGAGAACAAGGGCAUGCGGAUGGUCCAAGCAGCGGCCCACCGAACAGCAGAGACCACGAAACAUAUUAUGCCACCGACAUUCUCUCGAAGAUAUGACCGAAAGUCGUGGGCCGACCGCGGCAAUGUCAGAAAUCGAAGAGCCUCCAAUUUUGGUGAAUGGGAGAGCCCGUUGCAAAGUCAAAGCCUACAUCGAUCAGAAUCUGAUCUCCAGCAGCGCAAGAGUCAUAAACGCGUCAUCUCCGACCCUAAAGAUAUGCUGAAUAGGUUGAACAAUUUCAACCCCCUGAUGGGCAAUGAGAAAGAUGUCGAGGCUCAGCGAGCUGCCAGAAAUCAACUGGCCGACGCCCUUUUCUCCGGCAUUAAUGACGAAUUAGAGGAUUUGACACCGGAUGAACGUGACAAGUUGGUACAGAGGGCUUUCCAACACAGCGCCCUCCGAGCCAAGAGGCCUGUCAUUUGGAUCCCACGAGAUGAACUCGGCGUUAGCGACGACGAGAUCCACCGCAUGGGCCGAUUCAGCAAUCAUAUCUGGGUCAGCAACGUGAGGCAGGGCCUCGACUCGAAUGGUCGCUGUGUGUACAGUGGCGCCCCGCCAGAUUUCAGUGAGGUGGACUUGAUUCAGCUCUAG